AACCAAUUUCAUUCAGCGUCAAACCACGGUGGUGUCUGCAACUGUAUAGUUCGGAGUUGUCCGCAGGAAAAUCUCCGAAACUUUUCUAGUUCAGAAAACCACCGCAAGAAGCGCUAAAUCUCGGAUCAUUAUUUGGCUUGUUUUUUUUCCACAAUGAUUUCAUUGAUCUUGGUAGGAAUGCUGCCAGCUCUUUGCCUGGGACAGGCACAUUUUUUCGGUCCUGUUGCUGUUGGUUUCGGAGCUGGGCUUUUAGGGCUUCAACGACACUUUCCUGUGGCGACAUCUAUUGCGAGCCGACGAAGCUCAAGACAGUAUUCACUCUCUACCUUUUACCAGAGCACGCCUUAUGGUUCAUUUGGAUACAGUACUAGGAGUUAUACCUUGACAGAUCACUUCUAUACUCCUAAUAACCUGGCUUACUACCAACCUAAUAUCUACCAUUAUCAUUCCACUCCCUGGGGAGCUCGUCUUCACCCUUAUAGGAAAAAGAGGGCUGCAGAGAAUGCAAUUGCGCGAAGGAAGAGGCGUGAAGCAACUCCAAUUGAUAUUGACAGCGUUGAAGUCUCCAAAAUAGGAGACGUGGCUUCAAACGUGACUGCAGGAUUUAACGACAAGAUCUGGUACAGUGAUAUGAGCUUCAAGGACCGAGAUGACUGUUCUAAACGCCUGCUGUGUGAACUGAACGCCAAGUAUGCAGAAGGUCAACCUAUGGAAGAAGACGAGAUUACAAUUGCACUUUCUUUCGGUAACGGAGACGAGGUGGAUAUAGGGGAGGAAACAAUGGACUUUGAUAUUGCAGCAGUGGUGGGGAAACAGAUGGGUGUGGAUAUCUGUGUACGACGGUAUAGAAGAUGUGAAACUUCGGUUCCAAGAAUACUCGAGAUGAUCAGAAUGGAGUUACGAGAGCUGGAGACAGUUGAAGCAGAAGUAAAGAGUGGCAACGCAUCUCUGGAAGAUCUUGAAAAUGCGUUGGAGGAUGAGAAGGAGGAGGUCAACAAUAUCGGGGAGAAGGAUUUCUUCCCUCCCAUCUCCACCCCUUCAUACUACCCUAAAGUUGAAGUGUGGGGUGGAAAAUUCUAAGGAUAAUCUCUUUAAAUUUUAAAUUGUGAAAAAUGUGCAAUGAAUUCUAUAGGUUGGAGGAUGAAACAGAAGAACUGGAACAGCUCAAAGAAACGGAUCUUUUCGCAACAACCACAACAACAACAACAACAGUCAAACCUAAAUAC